UGAUUUUUUUUCUUGUUGGUGUUAUGGAAGUUGCUGUUGUUUGAAGCUAAGGGAAAAUAUUGUAAUCGUUUAAGAAUAGUUGUGACUGUGAUACUUUCAGGCAAAAAAAAAGGAACAACAGUAUUAAGAUUACUUGAAAGAAAACGUGGUGUAAUUGUACGUUUACUGAGGAGGCUGUAUUAAUUUCUUAUUUAUUUAGUGCUAGACAGUGUCAGUAAAAUAAAUACUGUAACUUAUUGACAAUAUAUUUUAUUUAUUUAAACUAUCCCCAGAGAAAGGGAUAUAGUAAACGAUUGAAAACGUGUAAUCACGUUGUCAGUAUUCUAAAACACGCAUGACAACAAACCGUGAUUAAAUACGCCCCUGCGGUGACAAAAGAAAAGCUAGAAGGGGAAAAAGAAGUCGGCGCGACAGUAUACGGCUAAAGCAAGUCUUCCUUUGACUGGACGAACACUAGCUCUUUGUGCACGCAGGCAAGGCGGCGACCUGUCAUUCCUAUGCGCUGCUGACGGGACUUCAUUGAUGUGUGUCAGUCUGGCCGGGACUAACGGAUCGGCCACACGGUGCUCGAAUCCUGGGAGCCCCGCUGCCGACCCAAGCUGAGCCGGGCAGGCCAAUGCUGGAUCUGGAGGUCGUCCCUGAAAGAUCGCUGGGAAAUGAGCAAUGGGAAUUCGCACUUGGAAUGCCACUGGCCCAGGCCAUUGCUAUUCUACAAAGGCACUGCCGUAUUAUUCGAAAUGUUCAGGUUCUCUAUAGUGAACAGGCACCUCUGAAUCAUGACCUCAUUCUUAACUUGACUCAGGAUGGGAUCAAACUAAUGUUUGAUGCCUGCAAUCAGCGACUAAAGGUUAUUGAAGUUUAUGACUUGAGUAAAGUAAAGCUGAAAUAUUGUGGAGUACAUUUUAACUCCCAGGCAAUAGCACCCACUAUAGAGCAGAUAGACCAGUCGUUUGGAGCCACACAUCCUGGAGUCUAUAAUGCAGCUGAACAUCUCUUUCAUCUGAACUUCCGAGGACUGUCAUUCUCAUUUCAACUUGACACCUGGAAUGAAGCUCCAAAGUAUGAGCCUAAUUUUGCCCUUGGGUUGGCCUCCCUGCAGAUUCCACAUGGAGCAACUGUGAAACGCAUGCACAUCUACACUGGAAACUGUCUGCAAGAUACCAAGGCACCGACUAUGCCUCUAGCCUGCUUUCUUGGUAAUGUGUAUGCAGAGUGUGUUGAUGUUUUAAGAGAUGGAGCUGGACCUUUGGGAUUAAAAUUACGUCUCCUCACUGCAGGCUGUGGUCCUGGAGUCAUGGUUGAUGCUAAGGUUCGAGUUUUGGAACGUUGCAUUUACUUUGGUGACUCUUGCCAGGAUGUUCUGAGCGCUCUUGGAUCACCACAUAAGGUCUUCUAUAAAUCCGAGGACAAGAUGAAGAUUCAUUCUCCUUCCCCGCAUAAGCAAGUGCCCUCCAAAUGCAAUGAUUACUUUUUCAACUAUUUCACACUUGGAGUAGAUAUUUUGUUUGAUGCAAUUACUCAUCUAGUGAAAAAGUUUGUCUUGCACACAAACUUUCCUGGUCAUUACAAUUUCAACAUUUACCAUAGAUGUGACUUUAAGAUUCCACUUGUAAUUAAAAAAGAUGGGGCAGACUCUCAAUCUGAGCCUUGUGUUUUAACUACAUACAGUAAGUGGGAUUUGAUUCAGGAGCUUCUUGGACAGCCGAUGGAAAAGCCUGUAGUUCUUCAUAGGUCAUCUUCCGCUAACAACACCAACCCAUUUGGAUCCACGUUUUGCUUUGGCUUACAAAGAAUGAUUUUUGAGGUCAUGCAGAAUAACCACAUAGCCUCAGUGACUCUGUAUGGACCUCCACGGCCAAGUACUCAUUCGAAAGCAGUUGAGCCACCUGCACAGUGAGCCCAAGAUGUUUGCUCAUCUGACCAGUACAGUACACUACAGUCCUUGUAGAAUACCGUUCAUCACUGGUGCCUUGAUUUGCUGCCACCGUGGUAUGGUUCCUGUUCGUUUCAGAGCUGCCAUUAACCAUUGAAGGCCUCAAGGUUGUGGGGCAUUUGCCUCUACCAUCAUUCAAGUUGGGAUUCCUUCAUUGUUGAGCCACUUGUCCAUGUUACCGUGGCCUUCUCUGUCAUUGGCGCCUGCCUAAUAGCACAGAAAUAAGAGACUUUGGGAGUUUUGGAGAAGGCUGGAAAUGUUACAAGCACAAAUAUGCCAAUUGUGUACACCUUCUAAGCUGAUAGCAUUGUGCUGGUGUGGUCUGGUACUUGUUUCCCAUUUUGCUGUGGACCGAUUCAGACUUGGCAGUUUUAAAUCUGAGUCUCUGCCCACUACUGCCAGGCACAUGUUGUUUAACUUCACUUGUAGCAUGUAUUUAAAACAAGAAGAAAUCUAUGAUUUUUAACAUUUGCACUAAAUACACCUUAAUUACUUGACAAAUGUCUUUUAUCCACUGAGGGUUAAUUGCUCUGUGGUCGUGAUAAGAAAAGGGGGGAGUGCAUUUUUUUUUUAUUUUAUUUUUUUUUUUUUGCAAAAUGAACAAGCCAUCCAUCCAAGUGCACACAUCUUUACUUUUGUCCAUUAGUUUUGUUUCAGUCAUGUCAAUAAUUUUUAUUAUUAUUUUAUGCCAAAUUUUAGCCAAAGACAUCUUAAAACCUUUUAAACUGCACUUUUCAAAUUGUUUUUGGUAUAUCAACAAAAUCUGCCGAUUCCUGUUUUAUCUUACGGUGUAAUAUUUUUUUCUCUUCCUGUUUUUGUUUUUCUUUUCACUCUUAUUUUUAAUUUAUCCCUGUUGUUCUUUUUCUAACUACUUUGUUUCAAGAUUUUUUGCUUUGAAUUUAUUCUAUUCACCUUUACUCUUGCUAUUUUUCUUAUCUGUAUAUUUUGCUUGUCUAAAACAAGCCUGCCUUGCCACCUAUUAUUACUUUUUUCUUUUAAAGAAAGACACUUUGAUUUCAUCCCAUUUUAAGGAUUUAAGAGUAGCAGUUUAACUUGUUGUAUACAUGACUAGGUAACAGUGUUUUCAUUGUGUGUAUAGAUUUAUAAAUACACCAUUUUUGUAAUUUUAAUGAGCUGUACAGUUUACGACUGUAUUGUUUAUCUUGCUGAUUUCAUAAUUGAAUUUAUCUGUAAGUGUAAUGAAUAUUGCAAGUCUGGACCAGUAAUGGGGAUGUCUUUUAUCUGUCAAUGGCAUUGUUGCUCAAGGCGUCUUUCCCCUUUGAACUGACCUGUGUAGUCUGGUGCAGGUAAAGCCCAGCAGCUGUGUUGCGGUAAACGCUUUGUUUUCUUUCUUCAAAUUGCCGAUGCUGCUUUUGUUGGUUUUUUCCCCCUAAACGUUUGCUGUUGCUCUGCAUUUCUGCUUGCUGAAGAAGCUGUGCCUCUGCAUUUCUUACAUAACCUGAGACUUUUAAUGUAUUAUAAGCAUGUUUUUCAUUUUUUUUUUUCCUUUUUGUUUCUUUUUCUAAAUGUCCUUAUUGGAAUUGUCAGGUAAUCUUGUGUGAUCAGAAAUAAAAAGAUAAAGAUCACCAAACAGAUCAUCUAAAAUAAAAGGCUGAAUGGACGAAAUAUGUUUGCAGUGAGUGUACAAAUAUUCUGCAGUAUGCCUCAGGAAUAUUAGGAUUACUAGAUAAACCACAAUGAUAGGAGAUUUGGCCCCAUUGGGCGCGUCAUUGUAACGAGUUAUCUAUCCUUAGAUGCAGCGGCCUCUUGGUACCAGUAAGAGUAACAUUUACCUGAACACAAUUUGGAACACAUGGAGCAUAGCUGUUGACAUAUUAGAAGUCCUAUGUGGCUUUUGAGUUUGCAUUUUUGAGUUCAGCUACUUCUUGAAAUAUUUGUUGAACUUGUGAAGCAAUGUGCAAAGUGUACAUGUAGCAUAUUAACAAAUGAAACCUUUUUAUUUAACAUAUAUAUAAAACAAAAGGGUACAGUUUCUUUUUUUUUUUUUUUUAUUAAGCAAAUGCCACAGAGAUUUUGCUCUGUGAAAUAUAUUAUUGGAUGACACACAAAUAAAAAGCAAUCCUGCUAGAUACAUUGAAGAAAACUGACCUGAAGAGUUCCUGAACUCGCCAUUCCUGGGUAACCUGCUUGAAACCACUUGGCCCAUUUUUGAUACAGGGCUCAUGUCUGUUUCAUAUCCUCUUAUCCUGUUACAGUCUGUAACUAGAAAUCAUUGGUUGUAAUAAAUAUUGAAAAGGUGCUCUUUU